UUGAAACAUUCUCAUUAUACAAACUACCUAAAUGACAAUUUCUAUUUUUGGAUGAGACAUUCAACAGCCAGCAUCCAUCCCUUCGAAAAUCUUUGCCAGACAUCCAGUCGCCUUUGUCUGUCGCUAGUUGAUCUCAAAAUCAGUUACAAACUAAGCAUUCGAGUGGAAAGAUCACAUCAGAGUUUUGAAAUUUUCAAAAAACCUUUAACCACCAAGUUGAAAAGAUUAAAGGAUAUUUUUUGUGUAAUCUUUAAUCAUUUAAGUGGAACGGAAAAGUUCAACCAAGUUAUUAAAAAAACUUUUUAAAUUUAAAUCUAAACGAUCUUCGCAAACAUGUCGAACGAAAUUGAUGAGGUUUCUUCAAAAAGAGGAUUAAGAACUCCAAAGUGUGCCCGUUGUCGAAAUCACGGCGUAAUAUCCUGCAUUAAAGGACACAAAAAGCUUUGUCGCUGGAGAGAUUGUUCCUGUCCAAACUGUCAAUUGGUUGUUAAUCGACAAAAAGUUCUGGCAGCUCAUAUUGCUCUUCGUCGACAACAGACAUUAGAAUCCUUGGAUUCCAAUAUAUCAAAUCGUACUUCGCAAUCAAAGGAAGCAUUACUGGCUCAGAAGAUAAUUUACAAGCAAAAGCGAAGAACUCUCCAAAAAUCAUCAUUACACUUGGCUGCAGCAAUUGAAGAAUCACGUCAACAGUAUGCCUUCAUACAAUCGCCGUUUCUAGAUAGAAUUCGUAAACGAAGAGCUUUUGCUGAUCCAGAACUGGACAUGGUGAUAGAAGCUACAUUAGUUGCAGCUACUCAAAUGGCAGCAGUUCAGCAAAAUUUCUAUUAUCCUUUGGAUUUAAGUGCGGUGCAACGGCAAUCAUGUUAUAGCAAUCAAUAUGAGAUGCAUAUGAAAAGUUCAAAGCGUUUUGAUGCACUACCGAUUGGAGCAAAUGGAGAACCAAAUGAGUUUAAGACUGAUACCAGUUUAUAUUCAAAACGACCUAAACUUUCGUUUUCAAUUGAAUCGAUAAUGGGAAAAUGAU